AUGGAUCCACCGGAGUUCGGCCCCGAGAUACGGAUACAAAAAGACAAGAAGUUUAUGGUGCCCCGUGGAACUUCUCACGCGCGAUGCUUGUGUCCGCCGUUUGCAAUGAUCUUCUCCAAGGUCUUCAUUGCCAUCACGGCUCUGGCUGUCAGUGGCUCGGUCAACGCCAGCCCUUGUCUUCCCAGCUCUAGGGCCUCGUCGUCCACUCUUUUGUCUACUUCUACUGUGUCUGCCUCGACGGAAACCACUGCUUCGACUUCGGGUGAAUCAUCGACCACUGCUACAGCGACAGCCACGACUACCGAAUCGUCGACCUCGAUAGAAUCCACUUCCACCGACGCCUCGACUACCGAACUGUCCUCGACGACUGCUGAGACCUCGACGACCGCCGAGACUUCCUCGACUGACGCCUCCUCUACUACUAUUGAAGUCACUUCAACCACUGCCGAGACUUCAACUACUGCUGAAGCCUCUUCGACGACCGCAGAGAUCUCCACCACCGUCCAAACCUCCUCGACCACUGCUGAGGCUUCUUCGUCUACAACUUCGGUUUCUGUCGAGCCCACAAACUUUGUCAAAAACCCAUCCUUCGAAAACGGAGACGCACCAUGGCAUCUCAGUUCGGGAGCUAGUAGGAUCCCAUCGGACAAUUCGGAUGGCAACUGGGCUGUCUCCUUCACACUCCAGGACCCGGACGAGUUGCAAUUUGUUGAGCAGGCUAUCCAGGGCUUAACUGUUGGUGCCCAGUAUAAACUGACCUAUCAGUGGUGGACUCCAUACUCUGCAAUACCAGACGGCUGCUAUUUUCAUGUCGAUUUUAACGGUGUAGACUCGCAGGUCGACCGCAUGCCAAGCCCCAACGACUACUUUGUCGAGGCCCCGUCCGUCACAUUCACCGCGAAAACCUCGCCACUGACUGUGCUGGUUGGUAUAUACUGCACCUCGACGCCUGCCUUCUCGGUGAAUCUGGACUCUUUCGUGAUUUUGCCAGUUUAG